AUGACACAGAACGGACCUCGAUCACUGACCAAGCUUCAAGUCCUCUUCCGCUUGAAGCCCGGCGUCACCCCGGCCCAGAUAGCUACCUGGAAGGAGACAUGUCAUGGGAUGGUGGGGAAGAUUCCCGGUAAGGAAGACCCUGAAGUUCAGAUUGGGAGUGGUCCCCCGCUGCCGAUUUCGAUUCCCCGUGCCCACGGCUUCGAUAUGGGACUGGUUGCUGUCUUGGAGACUGCUGAGCAUAUCGCUACCUAUGCGGUGCACCCUGCUCAUUUGGAGGUUCAUAAGAUGCGCGAGGAGCUGUGCGACGAGACUUUGGCCUAUGAUCUAGAGUUCUAA